AUGGCUUCCAGCAUCGUCGAAACUAUGGCGUCAACCGGCCCCUCCAAAUCCCCAGCAGCUCGUCCAAAUACGAUACGGGCGCCUUCCUUCACUCGCCAGAGCGAAGACAGCGAUCCUCUCCGAGUCCCGAAACGAGCUCAAACAUUCCAGAAUGGGACUGCGGCCGACCCGUUGACGACGACGACAACAACGACGACGACGACCGUAGCCAGCAAGGUCCAGCAGAAGCCAGCAGACGAGCCCGAGGGCCCUGAUGCUUUCGAGACUGCUGGAAGGCCGUCAACAGAUAACGACGAUGGGUUCGACGGCAGAGGCUCUGUGGACCUGGGUGAGCUUCCAAUUGAACUAAGUUUCUACGAAACCGCAUCCACACACGUCAACACACAUAUCUCUAGUCUGAUCACACGGCAUAAUCGGGAUGCAUCGCCUGCGCCGUCCGCGUCAUCCAAGGUCUCCACAGCUAGCAGGCUUCGAGCCAAGGCGGCUUCCCUCGGAAGCAAGGAUAAACCCAAAAAUCUCCCCAAACCAGAGCCGGAGCAGCAGAUGAUUACUGCCGAAGAACUCGCCAACAAGAAGAAGGCGCGGAAAGCAAUCGAAGCCAAGCGUGGCAUCAUCGAGGAGGCAGUGGAGCGCAGGCUGUGCGAAGGUAUCUACGACAAGAUCUACCGCCACAAGAGCACCCAGGACGAAGCGCAGGAUUCAAAGCUGCGAUCAAAGACCGCAGCACUCGCGCUGGUCGGCAUUGGACCGGCCGACCUGGGAAUCGAUCUUGGCGACGAUGCAUCUCAGACACCCGAAGCCGCUGCGGAAAAGGUUGAAGAGAUCAAGAAAUCGCUUGAGCAGGCUAGAAGAGACUUGAUUCUCAUGAAUGAGAAGCGAUACCCGCUCGGUAAGGUACACCACUUGAAAGCGGCACACAAGGAUAUUGUCGAGACUCUGGCGCAAUUCCACCCGUCUGCAUCCGCAGAUGAGAUUAUGCCUAUGCUCAUCUUCACCCUCAUCACGCUUCCUCCUGAACAUCUCAACGUUAUUAGCGACCUGCACUUUAUUCAGCACUUUAGAUGGGAGCCGAAAUUGACGGGCGAGGCCGCAUACUGCUUGACGAAUUUAGAAGCAGCCAUCAGCUUUUUGGAGACGGUCGAUCUGUCUACACUGAGGGCCGAUGAGUUGCCCCAAGGUCCUGCCAGAGGUAUCAGCCAGCCGGGCACUCCGCGGGCUGAGACAUUCCCUCCGGCGUUCCCGCCUGGACUGACGGUAACGGCGGAUCCUUCGGUGGAGACCGACUCUGGCAAUGCCACGCCAACGAGACCGCCUGCGUCGCCUUCCGCAUCGGCCGGGCUGCGUGCUGCGGUUCAAGCUCGGAAUAGAAGACUGAGCGAGCUCGUCAACACGCCUGCUCAGGCCAUUGGUGCCGCAAGUGACGCCGUGCUCAACACAGCCGAUCAGCAUAUAAAGACGAUCUCGACUAGUUUGGGUGAUAGCUACAAGUUCUUGGUCGGCAAGUUGCGCGAGACACAGGGCACUCCCACCGAAUCAGGCCAGGGGCUCGUCGUGCCCAAGACGCUCGAUGAUGCUCGAAAGCUGAUGAGCACCCCGCCUCCUGAGGAGGAAGGGUCCGUCAGCGGUGCCAGCUCGGUUCAUGGCACAGAAGAGGCCGAAUCUACUCGCCGGCCCCCGGUCCGCGAGGAUAAGGUGCUCAACCUCAUCGGUGGACGCAAAGUCAGUCGAGACCAUAGCGCAGAUAGCUCGCGAAGCGUCAACAGCUCGAGGAAGGUGCUCUUUGCCAAAGAAGGGGAGAAAGAUCUGCCGACGCCAUCUCCUGGAAACGCAACCAACCCUCUGGACUCAGUGAGGAACUUUGGCAAUUCGUUCUCCAGGUUCUCCGGUAUGAGCAUGAUCAGAGGUCUGAGCCGGACCGCAUCCACGCCCAUUGCGGCGAAGGAAGUACCUAAAGAUAUGACCAAGGAUGGCCCGGCUACCAAGGUAGCUGACGGCGGCGACCUUGCAAGCGCUUUCCCUGAUAUUGCAGCUGCAUUGCCGCCCAAGCAGAUACCAAAGAUCAGCCCGCCGAACAAGCGCUUCAUGGAGAUGCAGAACCCCGGCGACCUGAAGAUUGGCGAGGUUCUCGAAUUGCUGCGCGACUACCGACGGCUGGCUACUACACUCAAGGACAUGGGGGCCUUUGAGGGGUCCAAGUGA